AUGGAUGGUGAAGCCACAAUUUUCAAAGGAGAGAAGAAUGUGGUAUCCUACACUCAAGUUUUUUCUUUCUUUUCAGUCGAUCACUUCAUUUCUCUCCUUAUGAGCACUACAAUAUUUCUGAGUAGCUUUAUUCUUUUUCUCUCUAUUUCUCUUUCAUUCUUUUUUUUCUCACCAGCUUAUUUCUUUUUCUUUCUAUUUUUCUUUAAUUCUUUUGUUUUUCUGUCUGACCUCUCUUUUUUUUUUCUCUAUUUCUCUUUCAUUCUUUUCUUUUUAUAUCUAACCUUAUUCUUUUUCUAUCUAUUUCUUUUUCAUUAUUUUAUUUUUCUGUCUGGUCUCUCUAUUUUUCUUGAUUUCUCCUUCUUUUCUUUUUAUAGUUUUUCUUUUCUAUUUUCUUUCUUCCUUCACUCAUAUUUCCAUACGCAUCUGCUUUCAUUCUUUGAUUUUUAUACAUUUUUCUUUCCUUCUUUUUCCCUUUAUAUUUUCUUUCUCUCUUUCAUACUUCUUUCUCUUUACCAUCUACUCACUCACUGCUACCUUUCUCUCUGUCUCUCUCUUUAA